GCCCAAUUCUCUUCCUCAUGUCUCUCCGACCUCUCAUAGCAAUAUGCGGCACAACAGGUGUCGGAAAAUCCAAACUCGCCAUCGAACUUGCACUUUCUUUACAGCUGCAGACAUCCCAUAGCACCCAUGGCUAUAAUGGGGCAAGAAUCAUCAAUGCAGACGCUAUGCAAGUCUAUGCCGGUAUGGACAUAAUCACGAACAAAGUUCCACCAGAAGAACAGGCCGGGGUCGAACAUCUCUUGAUGGGGUUUAAGAAACCAGGGGAACAGUAUGUUGUUGGACAGUGGGUGAGAGAUGCGAUACAAGUGAUCGAGGAGACACAUAGACGAAAUCAAAUUCCUAUUAUCGUUGGUGGUACAUCUUACUGGAUUCAACACCUCAUCUUUCCGAACCGUCUCGCCUCCCUCGAUAAACUAGAUGAUACGGACAAACGACCAUCUGCUCCCAUGUCCGAAACUCUUGCAGCAGCUGUCAAUUGCCUCCCUCCGAAGUUCCUGGACCUUUACAACAAUCUUCCAAAACAGCUGCCCUCAGAUUCUGUUGAUUCCGAGUCCGCCUCUGCAUUAUAUUCAUUAUUAGGGUCACUUGACCCGCAAAUGGCGCAGAGAUGGCAUUGGAAGGACAGUAGGAAGGUCUUGAGAAGUUUGAAUGUUAUCAAGGAAAGUGGGAGGCUUGGAAGUGAGGUUGUAUCUGAACAGAAUCAAGUUAAUGAACCUCCGAGAUAUCGCUCUUUGCUUUUCUGGUUAUACGCUAAACCAGAUAUUCUAUUUCCUCGUUUGGAUGCACGUGUUGAUAACAUGAUUCAGCGAGGGCUCCUCAAGGAAGUUCAAGAACUCAUAGAUAUUGCCAAAUCACCACCUGAAGAGCAGACGUACGGUCCUGGAUCAGAUACAGACUCGCCUCAGUUCGACUAUACACUUGGCCUAUACCAGUCCAUAGGUUUCAAGGAAUUUUCGCAAUAUCUCUCUAUGCCCGAAGGACAGGAGAAAACUAAAGCUUAUGAGUCAGCUGUCGGCCGUAUGAAGAUUUCCACUCGUCAAUAUGCGAAGAAGCAAGUCAGUUGGUUAAGGAAUAAGUUGUUACCUGCUGCAUAUAGUGCAAAUGCUGCUAUGCGGGAGAUUGGCAAGUUACCUGUGGUUCCUACAUAUUUAUUGGACGCUACGGACUUGAGUUCUUGGAAGGAAAAUAUACAUGAUAUUGCUGAACGGAUCACUCGUGACUUUCUAGAGGAACGAGAUCUGUUAGACCCUCUAUCAGUGUCUGACACUGCUGCUUCAUUACUUUCGCUGCCCGAGAAGGAUGUCAGUCCAACAGCAGUCCUAAACGCGCGACGAAAGAUUGUUUGCCCUGUCUGCACGGUCAAUCCGCAACAACCAGUCUUAAUCGAGGAAGGCAAAGAAUGGAAAGCACACGUCGCUACUCGAUUUCAUCGGAAGAUGCAAAGACGAGCUGAACAUGGACACGAGUGGGAGGCCAGGAAAAUGUCAAGGGAGGCUUCGAGGAACACUAUUGGGACCUCGUUAGAUGUGGAAAGCGACAGCGAGAAGGUAGAGUGAUGGCGAGUGAGGAGAAAGGUAGAGUGAGGGCGAGUGAGGAGACUGAAGACCCUUUGGACGUUCUAGCUUCUGUAGGUACAUCCAAAAAGAAUUGACUCUAUACAAUAGCAAAACCAGGGAUUAAUGUACUGUACACUGUUGAUCUCAGAAUACGUCGAAGAACACGCUCAUUUUGCAAUUGCAGACGUCCCGU